AUGGCCACGCUCGAAGAGUUAAAAGAAACACUUCGUUCGAACAUCAGACUAGAUACAACCUCUUCAAAGAAGACGCUAUCGGAUAGCCAAUACAGGGCCGGCUUCAACGUAUUGGUGCAGGGCUCAACGAACUAUCAGAGCUUCAUUGUCCCGCAACUAUCUCAGCUACUGGCUCCACUACUCGAUUCAAGAGUCGAGAUCUCUGCACUCGAGAUUGGGCCCGGCCCAAAGAGUGUGUUAGGACGUCUUCCCUAUCACCAAAGGAGGAAGAUUCGAAAAUACACAGCUUUCGAGCCUAAUAGUCUGUUCGCGACUGAACUGGAAGCAUGGCUCUUGCCCGAUGACCAGGCAAAGUCAGUGCUUCCUUGUUUAGAAACUCCAGUCUGCAUCCACCGGGUACCCUUUGCGAUGCAUGACAACACAGGGAGCGUCAACGACAAUCACAUGCAUGAUGGAGGAAAACCUUACGACCUAAUUCUCCUUUGCCAUAGCAUGUAUGCCAUGCGAUCAAAACGCAGCGUCGUCGAGCAGGCGCUGGAGAUGCUCAGGAAGCAAGGAGGUGAAAUGGUGGUCGUUUUCCAUCGUGACGGAGCUCUGCACCUUGACGGUCUAGUAUGUCACCAAAGUGCCUCUUUCCCUACCGGAGUCGUCAGGGUGGCAGAUGAUGAUAAGGUGUUGGACGACUUUGCUUCCUUCAUCGCAGGGUUCACGAUGCGGGAUGAAGAGGUGCGAAAGUCUCUUCACACGGAGUGGCGUAAAGCAUGUCGUACCUUGGGCCGUCACGAGGAAGCUCAUCCUAAACAUCUGUCGUUCAGCUCGCCCGAUAUACUGGUGGCCUUCAAUCGACAUGCAACCGAAUUGUCACAGCUGACAGCGCAAGUACCAGCAAUCCAGAGCGACAGAUCAAUCAAGAAUCGAGAGGCCCGCUUGCAGCGCCCCGCAUCAAUCUAUAGGCCAGUGGAUAUCCAGCACAUACAGCUGUGCGUUCAGUGGGCCAUAAAGCAUAAAGUUGGCUUGACGGUGAUCGCGGGGGGUCACAGUGGCCACUGUGUCCGGAAUAACGUUGUCUCGAUCGACAUGAGUGCUUUCGACCAAGCAUACGUGCUUACAACAGAAGAGAAGCCCAAAACCACCGAACUGGACUGCCGUGCUUUGGUCGUCGUCGAAGCUGGCUGCACGACAGGAGAUGUCAUCGGAAAGGCCAUGGCAGCGGGCGUAACGGUACCCUUAGGAUCUCGUCCGAGUGUAGGUGCGGGACUGUGGCUACAAGGCGGCAUCGGACACCUCGCUAGAUUGCACGGCCUCGCCUGCGAUGCCAUCAUUGGUGCCGUGGUGGUCAGUGUCGAGUCUGGUGAAGUUCUUUGCGUCGGGUAUGUGCCAAGUCAACAUCGACCUGCUGUGUCUGUGUGCCCGGAAAACGAAGACGACAUGCUGUGGGCCAUGAAAGGCGCAGGGACAAACUUUGGCAUCGUAGUCAGCGUGACCUUCAAGGCUUAUGCAGCACCGACCUAUGUGGUUCGAAAUUGGGUCGUAUCUUUGAGUGGCGAUCUCGAGGCGCAGGCAAAGCUUAGCAGAUUUUGUUGCGGUAUCAGACUGCUGCAAUAUACGUUGCACAUGAGCCUCAAUACACACGGUUGUAACGGGUCAUGUUUAGCACGUUUCAAGUCAUGUAUAUACCGUCACCUCCUAGCUAGAUAUCAACACAGCGCAGUUUUCCAUCGACCCGAUAGUCCUAUGUUAUUGUUUACCAUAGCUAUCAGUAUUAUACAGUGGCAGUUGCCGCUACAGUUAUGA